AUGGGUUCGGAAUGGCAGGUUGUGAGGAGAAGGGGCCUUAGAAAUCAAGUUAACUUCUGGGAGGUUUUUCCGAAGAAUGGAAGGAAGAUUGGAAGUGUGAAGCAAAAUCUCUCGUCGGUUUACUUCUCUGAAUUUCCAGAUUCAUCGUCUGCUGAAGACAUCUUUGGCUUGUUUGGGUGCAUUGGGAACAUAGUUGAAGUGGUGAUUUCUCCUAGGCGUAACAAGUACGGAAAAAGGUUUGGUUUUGCUAGGUUUGUGGAGGUGGAGGAUUUGCAGAGAUUGGCGAUUAAGCUGGACAAUGUCAUGAUUGAGGGGAAGAAAAUACAUGCAAACCCGCCCAGAUUUGAACGCGGAGGUGGUUUUGAGGGUAUAGGCAACAAGGGAGAUGUGGUGAAGAAAGCUGUUUUUCAUCAGAAGGGGGGCAUGUUCAGGAGUGAGGCUGUGAGAACAGGUGGUUUGGUUCAGAGAAGUUCUGGUUGUAAAUCUUUUGCCGAAGCGGUAGCUAACAAUGGUGGCUAUUCCUCUUCGGUUCCGGCUCCUCGUUUGGUGUUUUCGACGAAAGAGGAUAUGGUCUCAAGGUUUAAGAAGGCUUUUACAGGGGAAGUUAUACACUUUGGAUCUACCUAUAAUAUGCAAUCUACCUUUGAAUUGGAAGGAUAUUUUCAAAUCAAGGUAUCUCCUUUGGGCCCUAAUCUAUGUUUGUUAGAAGGAGUGGAGGAUGGUGAGAUUGAGGACUUGAUAAAUGGCGGAUCCAGUUGGUGGAAACAAUGGUUUUCUUCAAUAAGGCCAUGGAAGGAGUCUGAUAUAGAUAGGGAGAUGGCUUUGUGGAUCCGAGUACAGGGUAUUCCGUGCCACGCUAUGAACUAUGAUUUCUUUGAACUAGUGGGUAACUCUAUUGGCUCUUUCAUUUGUUCCGAUGCUGUCUCUGAGAUCCGUCUGGAUGUGGUGAGGAUCAUGGAAGACAAUCCAGGCUAUUUCAAAAGAGAAGGAGAGAAGGGGAAGAAUGCUCAGGUGGUUUGCUCUUCAAGUUCGGAUGAGUGUUGGUCGGGAGAAGAGAGCAACGCAGGUGAAGAAGACUGCAGCGCCGGAGAAGAUUGCAGUGCCGGUGUUGAUUUGCCAGCAGAGUUAUCUGGAUCGGGGAGGUCGAAGGAAAAUGACGAAGAUGAACCGUUGGAAGAUGGCGAAGUGGGCCAGAUGCUUUAUCCUCUGGUUAAAAACAAUCCCUUUAUCCUUCAGUCAGUUUCUCUUGAGAAUUGUGAGGGACGUUUUGACAAUGCAGUGGAAAAUAGUAAACUUUUGACGUGUAACGAUGGUAGUGGGGGAAGUUCAGCAGACCCUAUAUCCGCUUUUUCAGCCUCUAUAGAGUCCAAUGUGCCUAGUACGGAAGAGGUAUUAUAUGCUAGCAGGUUAGGCCUCAGAUCUUGUAGAAGGAAGAAGUUGAAAAGUGUAAAAUUUAAAAAGUUUUCUGAACUGGUGGGGCCCUCAUAUAAUAAAAAAGUCAAAAUUAAAAAUAGGAAUAAAGAGGAGGAUUCUGGAGGUAAUCCGAAUAAUGCUGUUUCCAGUAGUAGUUCAAAGGGGUUUCAAGGAGGAGAUAGUAAUGGGAGCAUUUUUUAUGGCUGCCAGUCUGAGAAUUCAAAUAUUUUGAGGAGUAAUUUUAGGAUUCAGAAUUUCUUGAAUUCAUACACAGGGGAUAAAUUACUCUUGGCUAUUUCCAAUCUGGGUGUGGUGGUGGAGGAAACAAAGUUGGAUUAUAAAAAAAAGUUAGAGGAAAUGGAGUUAAAGGAUAGAAUUAGAAAAGAAGGAGGGAAGGUGUCUAAUUUCAAGUUUUGA